AUGCCGCCCUUCAAGGAUGAGCAUAUUCUGUUAAUUGCGCCAGGUUCACAGAUGACCCUGGCGCAACUCGGUCUACCCGAAACAUUCACGCCCGCGCGAUUCCGUUUCCCCACGCGCAUGUUCCCUGCCGAGACGAAGGGUGAAUACGAACCAUAUCGGAUCCGUGAGAGGCGUCAGGAGGUCAAGGUCAGCAAUGGCACGGACAGGCUCAAGGAGGAUGUGGAGAUGAAAGACGCCGAGCCUGCUGCGCAAGAAGGCACGGCAAAUGGCGAGACGACCGACAAGUCCGCGACCACCGAAGGGGCAGAGCAGAGCGAAGGCACUGGUGAGACUGAAAAUAAAGAAGAGCCCAAGAUCGUCGAAGAGAUCCUCUAUGAGGAGGACGUGACGUCCGAUCAAGGCGCUAUUUAUCCCAUCGAGAACGGGCGCAUCGUCGACUGGCCCUGUUUCUUUGCGCUUUUGACACAUAUUUAUAAUACCCUGAGCCCGCCUUUCCAUACCCCCAUCAUGCUCAUCGCCCAACCCGUCUGGUCUGCACGGGAUCGCGAGGCCAUUACCCAAUUCGUCUUUGAGAAGUUCAAGGCCCCUGCCUUCAGUCUCAUGGACUCCGCACUCGCCGUCUGCUAUGGCUACGGCACCUCAACUGCAACUAUCAUCGAUGUUGGAAAGGGCAAGGUGGACGUAACUGCCGUAACAGACUUUGCGGUCAACGAACACGGAAGAGGAAUCGCGCUGGAAGGGGUUCACAAGGGAAAUGUGCGAGCAACUCAAACGAAGCAACAUCACCGAGAUUCUCCCCCGGGAACUCCGAUCCCUGGCGAUGCCGCUACUGCUCGACAGGGCGCCAACCCAGCUGCAGCUGCAUCCACAGGAGCAGAUGGCACGAUUGAUUCCGUUCCUCGAGGCCCGGGGGACGGCACUCAAACUGGGACGGAAGAUAAUAAUGUGGAGGACGAUGAAGGCGUGUUAGAUGUCGCGGCCAUUGUCAGUGGUAAUACCACCGAGUAUCUUGCCAAUAUGGAGAAAGAGAAGGCGACAAACAAGAAAGGCGCGGUGGAGCCGAAGCAAGCUCGCUUGCCCAAUUCCAAGAAGGAAAAGGCGUCCUUCCAGUUUGAAGAGUUUGUCCCAUUGGAGGGGGAUGAUGCGGUGGUCAAUGGGUCUCGACGCUAUAUCCGGCAUUCGAGGGAAGUUGAAGUGAGCGUCGAGCGCUUCCUGACUGCGACGCCUCGGCAGCAAUCUGGAGACCGUCUGACGAGCGGCAUUCUGGAGGACAUUGCAACCCAGAUCCACCACACCAUUCUGGCCGUCCCGGACGCCACAAAACGGAGCGAGCUGUGGGACUCCCUGAUUAUUGUCGGAAACGGUAGCAAAGUCAGAGGCUUCACCCAGGCUUUGCUUGGUGUCAUUACUCAAAAGUUCAUGCUUUCUCCGUCUGGCACGAUCUUCACGUCUGAAAUCCCCUCGACCUUCACCACCCCCAUACCCACCGGUGGAACGAACACACCGGCUCCGAUGGGCCAACCGGGGCCCAUGUAUCACCCUGCCGCACAUGGUGUCAACCCGCUCCUGGUGGCAGCAACCCACAACAAUCCGGGGAUGCCCCAGAUGACCCCGGGCACCCCAUCGAUGGAUCUAUCACAUCACCGCUCGUCCGGCCACUCCCAGACCCCAACCUCUGUCAAGACCCUCAAGCUUCCCGAGUAUUUCCCCGACUUUAAGGACCAGGGCAACAGCAACGCUCCUGGCGCCAGCGGCAAUGCGGGCGGCGCAGCCGGCGGACCGGGAGCAUCUCAGGGUGGUCGUGGCAUGGAGGAGGCCGUUUUCCUUGGCGCUCAGAUGGCCGCCAAAGUCUUCUUUGUCCUCGACCAGGGUCUCAGCAAAGGCUACAUGAGUCGUGUCGAGUACAACGAGAAUGGACCGUCCGCAAUCCACGAAUUCGUCCUAUGA